UGGUGUCCGUUCUUACCACAUACACAACCGCACCUGUUCCCUUCUCUCCCUUUCUCCUUCUCUGUCACUUUGCCACCUUGUCACCUUGCCUUGCACACGGACUCUGACACAGACACGGACACGGACUCGCACUCAGACGCACCUUCCGAAACUCAAUAUUAUAUCAUAUCAUAUCCGCAGCUGUAAUAGCCACAAGCUACCACCACAAUGAGGCCUCCCUUCCCCUCUGCCGCGCAGGCGUAUGCAGAGUCCAUCCACUCCGAGACCGCCAGUCGGCACCACCCCGACGCCCGUCUCACUAUCCUGCCCCUGCCCUCGCUCGCAGCCCUUUAUCCCAUGGAUGACACUCCCUCGUCCUCGCCCUCGUCCUCAGCCUCAUCUCCUUCAAAUGCUCCUUCUGCUCAUCAUCAUCGCCAUCACCAUCACGGCUCGACAGACGAUGGCUAUCGUACUCCAUCACAUUAUUCAAACCAGCUCCGUCACCAGACUCACCAGAUUCACCAGCAGCAGCAGCAGCAGCAUCACCAGCCAUCCUACCAAUCCUACGAUAAGCGCUACCAAAAGACGCCUGCCUCAUCUUCACAACCUACCCCAUCACUCUCGCCAUCCUCGUCCUCUUCCACAUCCCCCGUCUCCUCGGACUCGAAGGAGAUCAAGCCUGACACCAUUCAAUCCUCCACAGCCAGAUCAAACAAACAUGAAUAUCUGGGCACCAACAUGGAGUCGCUGUUAAACGCAGUCGAGGUUCACUCCAGCCUGCUGGCCUCGUCCUCAUCCUCCAGCGGAUCUCUCUCCCCCUCGACCAGCUCCCUUUCCUCUGCUCCCUCUUCGCCCUCCGCUGACGACUUCGCCACCGAUGCGGUGUCUGCGACUGCGACUGCGGCCACCACGACUGUCAUUUCGCCUUUCUCGGCACUUGAUAGUCACACAAAGGGGACACGGACCAACAGUCCGUCUGUCAGGCGAAUGUCCAUUAGCAACCUUGUCGACGACCUCGACCCACAGCCCUCGCGCGAGGGAUGCGAUACUGACCCAAAGGCCGAGGAGAGCCAUCGCCCUCGCUCAAAGCCAAUGCUGCCCCGCCCUUGCUCACCCUCGCUGGGUCCCAACCAUGUCACCCACAAGCGCAAGUGGUCACGUCUCAGCACCCACACCUCCGAGGACAUCAACCGUAGCCAAAAGAUCAGACGUGCCAUCCCGGCCCUUAUUGAGGGUGCAGAAGCAGAGUCGCCUCGCUCCUUCAACAUGUCCUUGGUAGCUGAAGGUCUUAUGGAGGCAUCCCCUGUGAACCAGGUCUCUGUCUCGAACAGCAGCAGCAGCAAUAACAUUGGAAGGUCGGCUGAUGGCGCUUCUACCAUCAUCAGCUGCUACCACGCCUCGGUCGCUCAAAAGUCAUACGGAUCCGAGAAGCGCUUCUUGUGCCCGCCACCUAUUGUUCACAUUCAAGGCCAGCUGGACGACCACAGCUUUGGGUUUACAAGUAAACCCCAGGUAGCCAUGUCGGUGAUCUGCGAAUCUGGCGAGAACAGCACCCUCGGUCAGCGGUCGACACUGGAGGACGAUCAAUCGAGCACUUUCCGUUACCUAUAUGUCAGUGGCACCGCCAAGGCCAAGUCGUUCCAGCUCAAGCUACAGGUCUAUGGUCGCGCCUGCUUGCCCAAUGGAUUCGUCUCGAAUGACUCCAACCAGUCAGGCGAGGGCUCUGCUCAGCUCGAGUCCGAUCUGCCAGAUCCAAUUGCCGAGUUCGAUUCGCAGCCCAUCGCCAUCAUAUCUAAGCCGUCGAAAAAGACCGCCAAGGCCCGUAAUGUCUCGUCGUGCAUCCUUGCUGGGUCGCUGGUCUCGCUCUUCAACCGCAUCAACUCGCAGACAGUUCGCACAAAGUACAUGUCCGUUCAGGAUAGUGAGCUGUGUGCAAAGAGCUCGGCUUGGUCAUCCUUCACUAUCUCGAUUGUGUCGUCCGGACCCAGCUCUCCUGCAUCGGCCCGCAACGGAUCGACAAAAUCCCAUCAUCGUCAGCCUGUUCAGCAGAGUGCUUCGCCCAUCACCUACGGCUCAGAAAUUAUCUUGACCGAGACGGCGACAGGAUUGGGGUCGGACCGUUUGGUGGUAUGCAAGGUUGAGAACGGUCGAAUCUUGCAAGGUGCCAUUGGCCCUAUCUGUCAGAUGCAGAAGGUUGCGCUUCAGUCAAUGGAGCGCAGUGCCAGAGAUGGCAGGCCCAUGUACCUCGGUGCUGUGGGUGACGAUCACCAGAAUGGACGAUUCAUGGAUCAUUCUACUUCUUCGAGUACUGUUUUGCGCUACGAGACCUCUACCAUGACAGAGACCUCCAAACCCGGUAGCGACGAUUUCCUGUGCUGGACCAUCGUCGGCAUCUCCAAGUUUGAGUACGCAGUGGAACUGCCUUGAAGAGCAAACAUAUUUAUACCCCUGCGAAUCCGAAUAUUUCGACAGCAAAGCGCUUCCUGUUAUUUUUCUCUAUCCGUCUUUUUUU